UUUUUUUUUCCUAAUUAUUAUUAUAAUUAAUUUUAACUAGAACCCAAUUUGGGUUCAUAUGAGAAUCCGGAUUCAAGUUCUCCAUGAAACCCAACUUUUGGGUUUUUCCCAAAUGAUGGAUGAUGCUAGGGAGAAGGAGAAAGGAUAGGAAAAGAAGGAAGAGAAAAGAUGGAGAAGAAGGAGCUGAAAUUUGGAAAAAGGAAGAUCUAAAAACUCAGAUUUGGGUUUUUGUAUUUUUCUAUAUAUUUUUUAAUUUGUUUUAUUAUUAUUUUUUUUUAUGUGGGUUCCUUUGAGAAUCCAGAUCGGGUUCCAUGGAGAACCCAACUGAUAGGUGAUACUGGGGAGAAGGAGAAAGUAUAGGAAAAGAAGGAAGAGAAAGGAUGGAGGAGAAGGGAUUUCAGAUCUGGAAAAAAAGGGUAAAAAAAAAAGGGAAGAUAUAGAAAUCCAGAUUUGGGUUUUUGUAUUUUUUUUUUCUUUUUUAAAGUUUAAUUUUUGUUUGAAAAUGGACAUGAAUUUGCUUAAAGUGGAAUUGUUGAAUUUCUUGGUUUUGGAAGUGAUUUUUUGUGGAUUAAAUGCUGCAAAAACAAAACGGGCGGCGGGAUUUGAAAUUUUGAUAAUAAAUUAAAGGUAAAUAUAUGGUUUUAGCCAUUGUGGCAUGCUUGGGUGGAUAAAUUUGUUUAUGUGUGCGGUGAAAUGAUAAUUUUGGACGGCUGAUGACUGAACACGUGAGGUACGUGAUUUUUUCUCCGUUAAAUCGGUCACAAAUUUAUAAAGCCGUGGAGGAAAUUUAUGGCCAAACAGAACUUAGAAAGUGCAGGGAGUAUGUUGGCAUUUUUAAUGGCCCUGCAUGGAAACGCUUAGGGUUUCUGUGCUCUGCAACUUUCUUUUGUGCAGUGCGUGCGUGCUUGCGUCAGAAGUUCUGCAUAACCCAGGGCUUGGGUUGGAAAAUAAGUGGUAGGGGGAGAGAGAUUGCAGCCCUAGAUCUGCUUGAAAUCCGUUUCUCCCUUUUUCUACCGCUAUUUCAGUUUCUCAUAUCUUGAUUUCAUUGUUUCCUCAGGUUCUAGGUCCCCAUCUGGUGAAGCUUCAUGGCUUCAAAGCUGAAUUUGAAGGGACGUUUGGAUUUCCAGAAGGAUCCAUCCACGUCAUGCAGUGCGGCUCGGCUAAAUGAUGGGAAAGAAGUCAAUGUAGCUGGUGAGGCAUGUCUGCAUGAUUGUAAAAAGUCCAAUGGGGCACAACAAGCUGUGAUGAAUUGGGUCUCGGAGUUAGUUCUUCCAGGACAUCGUAAUGAAAAACAUUCUGUAUUUACUGCUGUGCGUCCUCAAUCUAAGGAAGAAGAGACUGAUGUGAGAGCUUCAAGUUACCGAAACCAGAAGACUUGUCCAUCCCUAAGACUUCAACCCCAAGGAAAUCUCCUCCUUGUUCUCCAAUACCUCUAUACUACCCGCCAUCAAUUCCAGUAGCAUGCAAUUCUGAGGAUGUUGAGUUUAGGCUGAAGCAAGAAAAUGAUCCACGGGAAUCUCCUCCUUGUUCUUCAAUGCGACUGGACUCCUUGCCAUCAACUCCAGAUUCUCAGAAUGGUAAGUAUGUGCUGAAGCAAGAAAGUGAUCCUUGCACCCUUCGGUGGAAUAACUCAAUAGUUAAGAGUUUGAGUUUCAAGUUUAAAUCUUGAGUCGGGAGAGGAGAGAUUCAAGGAAAAAGUAGGGCUAUCCCCUCUUAUAUGAACUAUCAUUAUCAGAUGUGCAAAAAAAAAAAAAGAUCUUUGGCGGCCUGGUAAAGAAAAUUCAAUAGAUGUGUGGGGUCUUUUUCUGCUUGAUAAUGAAGUGCAGCUAGAAUAAUUCAAUCUCACAUUUUGUAUAUCCCAAGCAACCAUGGAGUUGAAGAUGCUGUCCUUUUUCUGUUUUUUUGGAGCCUUUUCUUCUUUUUGGCUAAUGAAGUGUGGCUAGGAUA